GCACCAUUGUAACUGCCUGGGGUCUAUGGGAGCUUGGGUUUCAUCUGCCUUCCCAGCGCCAGGCAAGCUAUUUCUCAGGCUGGGAGCAGCUUCUGCUCACCGGCAAAAGGGCAUUUCAGUGCUUCGGUGGCAGGGAAGAGCCUAGAGCUGUGGACUGUAAACCAUGUUGUCGCUGUCAGGCCCCCUCCAUUCUCAGUUCCUUCCCUGGAGUGAUGGAAAGCUCCUCUGUGGCCUCUGCCUCCUCUGAGGCAGGGAGUAGCCGAUCUCAGGAAAUCGAAGAGCUGGAGAGGUUCAUUGACAGCUACGUCCUUGAGUACCAAGUCCAAGGUCUGCUGACCGACAAAACGGAAGGGGACGGGGAGAGUGAGAAAACGCAGUCCAACAUCUCGCAGUGGACAGCGGAUUGUAGUGAGCAGCUGGAUGACAGCUGUUCCUCAUCGAGAGGAAAGGGCUUACCGUCUCACGAACACAAUCAGGAAGAGUGGGAUCACAGCAGCAGUGGGAGUUCAGGAUCCCAGCCUUGUUCAGGCUCCAGGCCUGGGUCUGGAUCAAGGUCUAACAGCCAAGGGAGAAGCAGCCAGUUCAGUCAUUCAACCAAGAAUGGCAACAAAGACAACUCCCUGGACAUGUUGGGGACAGAUAUCUGGGCAGCCAAUACCUUUGAUUCCUUCAGUGGUGCAACCUGGGAUUUACAGCCUGAAAAGCUGGACUUCACACAGUUUCAGAGGAAGCUCCGGAACACCCCCAAACACCCGCUCCCGCACAUAGACAGAGAAGGGCUUGGAAAAGGGAAGCACGAGGAUGGAGACGGAAUCAACCUGAAUGACAUAGAGAAAGUCCUUCCCGUCUGGCAGGGUUAUCAUCCAUUGCCACAUGAAGCUGAAAUUGCACACACCAAAAAACUAUUCAGAAGAAGGAGGAACGACCGGAGGAGACAACAGAGGCCUCCUGGAGGAAACAAAUCGCAGCAGCAGCACACGGAUCAUCAGCAAGGUACUGCCAAACACAACAGGGAACACCAGAAACUCUACCAGGGAGGCCAAACCCCUCACUCCUCAGGGAGGCCAGCUCACCAUGGCUACAGCCAAACCCGGCGAUGGCACCACAACCAGAAGCACUCGCCCAACGACAAGGAAACGCACAGAAAUGCCAAAGAGACUGAGAAUUUGAAAAUCGAGGACGCCUCCGUCUGCACAGUGCAUAUCCCCCUGGAGAUGCACCGGAGCACAGAGGUCGUGGAGAGACAGUCUCAGCAGUACAUUCAGGAACCAGAAACCAAGCGGAGAGACAGUGUUCAUGAGCGCAUUGGGGAAAGGCCAAAGGUCAAUUUGCUCCAAUCUUCCAAAGACAGACUGCGAAGGAGACUAAAAGAAAAGAUGCCUUGUCUUUCCCUUUUCACGGGCCAGGACGAAGUGCCGGUGGAGGCGACCAACCCCCAAAAGAACAAAAUGGACAAAUUAAUUGAAAUCCUCAACAGCAUGAGGAACAACAGCAGUGACGUGGAUUCCAAGCUCACCACCUUCAUGGAGGAGGCCCAGAACUCCACCAACUCCGAGGAGAUGCUGGGUGAGAUUGUCAAGACUAUUUACCAGAAAGCAGUGACGGACCGCAGCUUCGCCUCCACAGCCGCCAAGCUCUGUGACAAAAUGGCGCUCUUCAUGGUGGAGGGGACCAAGUUCCGAAGCCUGCUUCUCAACAUGCUGCAGAAAGAUUUCACAAUGCGGGAGGAGCUGCAGCAGCGCGAUGUGGAGCGUUGGCUGGGGUUCAUCACCUUCCUCUGCGAAGUCUUCGGCACCAUGAGGAGCAACACUGGGGAGCCCUUCCGAGUCCUUGUCUGUCCCAUUUAUACCUGCCUCAGGGAGUUGUUGCAAUCUCAGGAUGUGAAAGAAGACGCUGUCCUUUGCUGUUCCAUGGAGCUGCAAAGCACAGGCCGGCUGCUGGAGGACCAGCUGCCUGAGAUGAUGACAGAGCUGCUGGCAAUAGCACGUGACAAGAUGCUGUGCCCCUCGGAGUCCAUGCUGACACGGUCCCUCCUCCUCGAGGUCAUUGAGUUGCACGCCAACAACUGGAACCCCCUGACGCCCACCAUCACACAGUACUACAACAAGACAAUCCAGAAACUGACAGCCUGAGAACGCGGGGAGGUGGGGAUGGAUGGGAGCAGGAAGAAGACAUGCACCUUAAAAGGAAACAGGAAGGAACUGUGCUACAAAUUGAUCAGCUACUGGAGAGAGAAGUGAGAACCUUUAUGAGAAAAUACCUAAGAAGACAAACCCCAGCAUGCUUAAGAAUAUGUUCAUGAGGUUGGAGGGCAGAGGAGCAUGUUUCUUUUCAGCUGUGUUGCGGAGCACCACCCCUCUUUCCUGCUGAGUUUUUGUUUCAGGUUUCUUUUAUUAAAUCAUUGCUCAUGCAGCCACGCAUCCCGCCGUGUUAUUGUUUGGCUUUAGAAAGAACACGGAGAAUUUGAAAAGCAAGUGGAAGUGCAGUCUAGCAUUGUUUCCACGCCAUUCUCUUGGCUUGCACCAGCCAACUGGCAGGAGACAACACACAGCAGAUGUCUUGGGAAGACAAAGAAAGACACGUUCCACACCAGACGCCGGUAAUUGACGGCUUUUGUCAAAGCGAAGCUUUCAUUAUUUUUUUUCCCCCUCCUCUUGUCUUCAACUUUUUAUUCUCCCCCCCCUCCGCAAAAUCCCCCCCAACACCUGAUUCUAGAUUAGGAUUUCACACAAGAUGAUUUAUUUAUUUGCACUGGGUUUCCAUUUUUCUUUGUUGUUGUUUUAUUAGGUUUUUUUAAACAGACAUUUGCUAUCAACUUUGAAACAUGAAAAUAAUGUUAUAAUGUGAGCUCUUGAAUGGUUGGCACAAGGGUGUUAAAUUGGAAGGAGAAGUUAAAAAAAUCCAAAAGCCACUUUAGAAGUAUCAUAGCCACAGUCUUCUUGCCAGUAACCUAUCAAGGUAAUUAAAAAAUGUACACUCUGAGUUGGUAACUCUAAGAAACACAGGCAUUCUGCAGCUGUUUGCUGUUAAAGUCGCAGUAUUCCUCAUCCACUAAACUAUAAUCCAUUUAUUUUUUGUAACUUACUUUGUUUGUUUAAAGAGUGCUUUAUUGUAAUUACUGUCACAGUUGUAAUUAUACAUUUAAACCAGGUCCCUUAUGCUUGGUCCUAAUAAUAGACAGGGUGAGGGAAAAAAUUAAGACUUGAAGUUCUUCUUUGGAAACCAGUAAAUAGAAGGUGACAAGUAUAUGGCAUCAGAAAGGAAAAAAGAAAAGCCGAAAAUAUAGGUUUCAGGUUUGGCUUCUAAUUAGCUAAACUUUCCAAACCAGUGUCUCUCGGUUUGCAUUGCAUAGACGUGGAAUUCAGAAGGAGGCUGUCCCCGUCUUUUGCUUUGCCAGAAGCGUAGUCUGUUUAGUCAGUGUAACUAAUACAGCCUUUGAUAGGAGGAGGGUCAGAGAGCGUUGUUUCUUUCCACUAAAUGAAGUGUAAAGAGGAGAGCAAUGCAAAUGGCUAGAGAUGGAGUAGAGGUUGUACAAGAAGGAAGCCACAGUGCACCUCACUAGCCUCACCUGUGUAACCCACUGGUGAGUGUGUGUUACAGUUCUCCCUCUGUGUCCAAUUCACAGAGGAUAUGAGUCUGUUACAGCCCCAGCUAGGGACUUCAGCUCGAACUGUAGCAGCUCAUGCUUUUAGCUCUGGCGAUCUCUGAUUCAAUCCCUGGUGGGUCAGACAAGAUGGCAGCUGUCAUGGAGUGGAAGCUUGUCUGGAAUUCAAACUGCUGUGGGCCUCAGACACUGAGGAUGAGCUUCCUUGGAUCCGAGGAAGGAUGUAACUCACUGGUCAGCGUGUAUUACAGGUCCCCCACCUCCAUGCUCAGUGCGCAGAGAGUAUGAGUCUGUUACAGCCCCAGCUAGAGAGGUUUGAUUCUUUAGUGCAAGCUGUCACAGCUCAUGCUUUUUGAGCUCUGGAGGUGCCCAGUUCAAUCUCCAGUGGGUUGGCAAAGGCGGCAGCCAUCACAUCUACUUGUCCCACCGUAUUUAACACUAGUGCAGUUUCACUGUUGUUAGAAACACUGGGAGCCCUUGUAGAGAGGCUGCUGUCAGCAAUUUAAGCACUGUUCUCUAGACCUGAUCCAAGCAGGAUUAGGUGAUACACCUGCUUAAAAACACUAGUGCUCUGUCUAGUUUAGGGUUCCCAACAGUGCUCACACCAGUGAAGCUGAAGUGGUGUUGGCAAUGCUGAGAAGUGUUUGCAGAAUGCCCCUAGGGCAGAUCAGUCUAGCAUGAGAAGUGAGGCCAAUGACUUGACUUGGUUAGGGAAGAAGGUGAGCUGUAAGUGUGCGAUGUGCAUUUAGACUGAGAUGGAUCCAUGUCAGUCGUAAAACAAGUAUUAGUUUUCAAGCACAUGCAAGUUUGGCAGAGAAACCGCAGCUUCUAAGCAUAUGGUACAUUUAUUUUUUAAAGUAUCUAUUCUGUAGCAAGUCUGUAAUUCCUAAGAAGAGCGAGCUGCCCACCAAACCCUUCCUUCAGGGCCUGUCCCACAGGACAGCAUGGCUUUAAUUCCCAAUGAUGCCAGCGGGACUUGUGGGUGCUCAGCAACUUGCAGGUUUAGGGCUUUAAUGUAUAUUAUAAGGCGAGAGAUUGAUGUAAACACAAUAUUUAUCAUUUGGGGUCUGAGUAACAUUAACCAGAUUUAUGGAUCCUGUUGACUAACUUCAGUUUCUUUUUUGGAAAAGGAGAUCUGUUCCAGCCCCGUAUUUGAAACAUGCUUUGAAGUUACUUAUUUCAGUAACUUUGUAUUGGUAAAGAGGGACAGGCAGGCCAUUACUUCACUUCCUGUAUGGUGACCAGGAAAUGAUGUUGUGGCUUAGUGGUUGCUUCUUUAUUGAUGCUUUUAUUUACUACAUCACUUCUGGUGCUUACUUGAUGAAGUCUAACAGAAUUAGGGAGUGAAAAUUUUCCUUUAUUUGUUCAGCACUUAUUACAGUGGAAGAUUAGAGAAGGAAGCUACAGUACAUAACCCUCCCUCCAGGCACCUGUGAGCUGAGCAUAGCUGCCAAUGUUGGGUGGAUCUGACCGUUAAGAUUCAUAUAUAAUAUCUGUCUUAUUUCAUUAUUUCAUUGUUGUAACAGGUCUCAGAAACUCACUUGGAAAAUCUGUUUUGGUGUUUCUAACACUCACAAGCUGUUUUCCAAAAGGCAGUCUUCACUUUUCUCCUGUUACUCAGUUUUCUUCCCUUUCCUCUGGUUGUAAGAAGUAUGGAUUUGGCAAACCCACCUCUGGUGCCAUGAAACUGGAGUGUAGCUCCUGAUGAAACAUGAGACCCAAACACAAACCCCCAGAUCCAAAUACCCACUGACCGUGAGGCAAUACAGAUCUGGAUUUGAACUCCACAACUUGGACCAGUUGAUUGAAUUUCUGCCUGUUUGUUCACGAGAACAAAGAUUCAAUCCAGAUCUUUUUUGGAUGUUCAGUAUGUUUUAUGGCGGUGUAAGAGAAAACCAGAUUUGUCCGUUACUCGGGGGGAAAUUAUUUGCAGGAAGCCAAGUUUGAGGGCAAAAAUUUCCAACAGAGAAAAUACCACAAGAGGAGAGGAGAUUUGUUUUAUGGUUCACAGUUAUUCGAAACUUCUCUGCUUGGGUCUUUUCUAAGGUGCAUACAAAGCGAGGAAAACAGCAGGAAACAGAAUCCUCAACAGCAGCGUGUCCAAGAAAGAAAGAGAAGACCUUGAUUCAGCUGUAAAAAAUUGCCUAUUGCACUGGACUUCUCUGGAAAGACUGAUUUCUAAGUUCCAGAAACAGUCUAGGGAUGACCAGGGGGUUAGCUCUCCGAAGACUAACUCUUGCAGUACCUCAGCAUUAGGUUGUCUGUGAGAAAACUGUGUGACAGUAGGAGCAGCAAUAUUUUAUAGUGACUAUCCAUGAGAGAUUGGACUUUAUAGGAGCAACAAAGCCCAGCAGUGUUAUAAAAGGUUCAGGGUUGUAGCCUUUGAAUCUAAACCCUCCUUAAGUUGUUUGCCCUCUGAUGCCUUGCCCCUUGGGAUGUGAAAGGAGCAGCUGCUUCAGGCUGGAUUCAGUGCCGUCUCACAGAAUUGUUAUGAACACUUACCAACCUGAACACAAAAUCUACUCACCCUCUUUUCAAGGUGAUGCUAAAGAUGGAAAACAAAAAUGUUCAAGGUUGAUCUAAUGUGAUAUGUGGGUUAUCCACAGUAGAUUAUUUGAUUGCUUUAGAACGUCCACAGCCAAUCAGAAUAAUUAUUUAAAAGCAGCUUAAUAUAUCCACUUGCUGCUGCUCCUUUUUCAGACUUGAACAAAGAAUUUGAAAGUGAUUUUUUUGUUUUAUUUUGUGUUUUUAAAAGAAAAACAACCCCUAAAAUACAGGCACAAGUCCUAACGGGAAAUGUACAAAUGAUCAAGUUGAGCCCUCCAAUAACCACGAUCUUCAGCUCCUGUUCCCAGCCCUCCCACUGUACAUGCCAGCUUUUGUGGCGCCUGUCUUUCGGCCGGUAUAAUCUGCAACAUUUCCAAAUUGACCUCUGAAUGUAGCAAAGGAAGGAGAAAAAGAAGAACCCAGAGGAGAAUUGGAAAUUGCAUUUCUAAGACUUGAAUUUUCACCUAAUCACUGGGAAUUUUCUUGGAGUACCAAGAGGCAAAGCCAAGCCACAUGACAGUAAUUCUGUUCAAAUGCUUCCCCACCGCCAGCCAGGAGGGUUUAUUCAUAGUUUUCCUUUACUAGAGGUUGCCUUCUAGCUGCAGGCCUGUACCCAGAUAUUCAGGGUUAAUGGAUUUGGCCUGUUACUUUGCUCUGUAGCCCUGAGAUUCCCCCAAGCCUUUUUUGGACAGUGUCUAAGAACGUCUCGUGAUGUGAAAUCCAUCUUUCAAUGAUUUGUGAUUUGUAUCUGACAAUUAAAGUGUGUUCAUUCUGCCAUUAACUGCUUUGUAAUUUGAAAUUUUGAUUGUUCCAUGGGUACCCGUGAAUCUAAAUGUUGACUGAAAAUGUAUUUUUUCCCCUGGAUCUAUGCACACCACCAAUCAUAUCUUUUGAAAGUCCAUUGAUAACAAUAAACUUUACCUAUGACAUUGCUACCGCUAAACAGCAUUGCUAAGGAAUGAAAGAAACAGUACAAAAUAGCAUUUUUCUCCAUCUAAGAGUGGUCACGGAUCUGUGUUUCCAGGUUUCUCAAUAGCAAGAGACUGUCCAAUGUAUGAAUGUGAAAGUGUCGUGUGAGCACCACCGCUGUAUAUAACAUGCAUUCUAUAAGAUGCUCUGUGGUGGGAAGCCUCCAGCAAAGCAGUGGUGCCAAGAUACAACUAGAUCCAAUAUUAUAGGUUCAUUAGCGAUGUCUAUAAAACAGCACUGUAAAACCAUCUCUGGUUUUAAUAUUGUCACCAAUUCAUGGUACAAGUACAAAAAUCCAAGUGAGUUUGUUUGUUUUUUUCCAUUUUUUGCAACCACCAAAGCCUGUAAUUAGUAAGGCCAUGUCUACACCAGCACUUAUGUCAGCAAACUUGUGUCUCUCAGGACUGUGAAAAACACCCCCCCGUGAGCGACAUACGUUUCGCUUGGCAUAAGUGGUGGCGUGCACAGCGCUGUCGGUGGGAGAGUUUCUCCUGCCGACAUCGCAACCGCCACUCGUUGGAGGUAGUUUAAUUAUAUCCGCAGGAGAGGUCUCUCCCGUGGGCACAGAGCAGCUACAUGAGAGAUCUUACAACGGCACAGCUGCAUCGGGACAGCUGUGCUGCUGUAAGCUCUCUAGUGUAGACACAGCCUUAGUGUGCACUGAGUUACCUUUUGAAGGAACAUGAGUUACCAUUUAUGUUUCUUCAUGAGUUAUUGGCCAGUUUCAAUCUUUGUGUUCUCAAUAAACGUAGAUUUCAAAAAUGGUUCCCUUUAAAUUAAAUCAGUGGGCCGGGGGGGGAAGUCCAGUUAGAUAUGUCGGGUCAGAUCUUCAGCUGAUGUGAAUGGGAGUAGCGUCACUGAAGCUAUCUCAGUUCACGCCAGCUCAGGAUCUGGCCCUUCAUCCAUAGGUCAUUGAAUUUGUCCCGUCCUCUGCCCUGAGAAGACAUCUCCUCACCUGUGGUUUGAGGAUCUAGGUGGAGAAAAGCAGUGAUACUGUUGGGAAAUCCCUGAGAUGAAGUUGCACGGGCAGAGAACAUUUUCUCAGUGUUACAGUAACUAAAGUUGCUGAGAGGAUGAAGGGGGGGAGGGAGAAGCUCAAAUGAAGAACAGAUUUGUGGAGUCUUCGACUACAAAGUGGUUAGCCGUCUGCCCAGAAUCUAUAUGGCAUGUGAUUAGACUGGUUCCUAGUGAAAUUAUUUCCGAAUUGAAGGUUUUAGUUCUCCACAAAAUGACUUGUGUGUUUUCCCGUGAGGGAUUUCACCACUGUUUGGAGAAUACAUCAUUUAUAUGAAAGGUGAAACACAAAGAGGGGAGAGUAGUGAAGUAAGUGAUAUGCCUGGUUCUCCUCUUCCCCCUGAAGGAGAUUAAUUUGUAUCCAUUCUUGACGCGAUGGAUGACUUUGAAAGAAAAAUUGUUAGAAGCCCCUAUGGUUUCUUUUCGUACACAAGCUUAGCCUUAUUAACACCUCUCACUUGAAAGUCUCAAAAUCUUAAACUUGAUUUUUAUUCCCCCUUUGGGUGUUCUGUGGAUUUACACUAAUUUUGUUCUUUCCACUAAGCUAUUAUCCCAUCCUUUUGUGAUCUCCAGGAGAAAUAACACUAACGUUUUCCAAGUCCAGUGUCAAAAGCAAAGGGAGAUGUGGUUUCCUUCAGAACACAGUCAUGCUAACAAUGAUUUUUUUAAAUGUAUUUAUUGUGUUUGAAAAUUUAAUCUUUUAUCAGAUUUGUUAAACUAAGUGCUUUUUUAAAAAAGAGAAAAGGAAAAAUGGGGGGCAGGGAAGGAGACUAGAUAGUUGUACUAGGGGAGAAAAAUACCAUCAUUUUCAGCUUUUCCUAGACUGUUAAGACAAGGGAGAUAACUCUUCAUGGCAAUUCAGUCUUGUUUAUAGAACAUCCAGAACCACUGUAUGCUAUAAAAUGAAUCAUCUGCGUAAUAAAUGUUUAAAGCCUGACAUUUCACCAUCUCUCUCUUGAUAUGUGGUAUCAGUUUUGGUGGUCUGCUAAGAUGUUUAUUUUGUUGAGCUUGGAACUAAGUAUGGAAGAAAAAGAAUACCUGUCCGGUUAAAAAUUUAAAGGAGGGAUUCAUUCUUCCUUCCUUUAUGGUUUGGUACAGCAGGCUGUGCUGCGUGUCUGAUCCAUUGAUCGCCCCUGUCAUGUGCUCCUCUCUAAGGGCCCCAAUCCUGUGCCAUGCGGAGGGCUCAGAAUGGAAAAUUGAGGGCACCUGCCAUUUCACUUGAUCGGGCUUUAGAAGGCUGGCUCCUCCUAUUAAAGUCAUUAGAAUUUUGCCAUUGGCUUCAAUGGGAACAAAUUUGGGCCCCGAGAGUCCAUGCAAUGCCCACUGAAGUCAAUGCAAAGACUGCAUUUGGCUUCAAUGGGCAUUGGACCAGGCCCAGUCUUCUGGCUCUGCUACUGAUCUGAUCCUGUUCCCCACAAAGAAAUAGCGCAGGGGCAUCCAAAGCUAUAUCCAUUAGAUUCUCUUUUCUCCUGCUUCUGUUGAAAUUGAUAGCAUGACUAAAUACCUCAGUACAAGGUUUUGUUUUGUUUUGUUACAUUGGGGAGACAAGAGGUUUGCACAUUUUUGUUGCUGUUGUAAAAGUCUGCAUUUUAAUAUAUGCAAAAACUCACUUGCUGAAACUAUCAUUUUUAUUAUAUUAUGGUUUCAUCAAAAUGGAUGACAAAUAGUGCAACUAUUAUGGUGAAUUGUGAUAUUAAUCACAGAAUAAAUAUUGAAAUCAA